AUGGAAGGUCAGUGCUUCCCGACCUCGGGAAUCUGCCCAACUCAGGGUCGGUAUUCGGUCCAGUCUGAGACAGCAGUAAUGGACAACAAUCAAGCAGAUGUAAUUGCCCGGUUGAGCAAGAAGAGUGUGGCGGAAUGUGCAAGUGAAUGCGGCAGAAGAACUGACUGUGAAGCCUUCGAAGUAAAUUCAGAUGUAAGCAAAGGAAUUCUGCGCUUUUUCGCCUUCCUCAUUUAUCCCUGGAGUCCUUCCAGGCCCUGA